UAAUCGCCAAUAAUUUGUGUCCUUGCUCCCCAGCUGACAUACGAAAUGUCAUUUAAUAUGGACAGCAAAGAAGACUAUAAAGCCCCACCACCUUACAGACAAUAUAAUGAACCUUACGAUCAUAGAAAACCCCCACCAAUGCAUAAUCAACACUAUGAUCAGCAACAGCGGAUGCGAAUGGAUGAUCCUAGGACAUUAUCAGAAGAGGAAAAACAACUUUUGUAUGGAUGUAGAAAGGAUUCUUUUUGGCAGAGAAGUCUUCCUUUAAGUAUUGGAUGUUUUAUUGGUCUCCGUAUGGCCCAGCAGAAAGGUUUUGUAAAAUGGUCAGUAUGGAAGGAUUUUGGUGCAUUAUUUGGAGGAUAUGUUAUUGGAAAGGCUUCCUUUAUACCUGUUUGUAAACGAAGAAUUGUAGAACGAUUGCCUAACAGUAAUUUGGCACGAGCAGUUACAGGCGAAAAGUUAUUAGGGUUUGACCAAAGUACAUAUGGUGAUUUAACAGUUGAGAACAAGUCAGCUGGGAGCAGUACAGAAACUAAUAAGACACAAAAUGGAGAAGAAAUAUAUACAAACGCUAACUUGGAUACACAUAAUAGACCCCAAUAUGACUUAGAUUCAAGGAUGUCACAAUCACAGUCUGACCAGCCACCACAAGAAACACAGGAACCAGUUAAAAAAUCUGUAACAUAUGACGAGCUUAGGCAAAUGAGUAGACAGAAGGUUACACCAUUACCAAGACAAGAUAUGUAUCAAUCAAGGUUACCAGUAUAUCCUGAUAACGACAGACAAAAUAAUGACAAUGAUAGAAGUUCUUCACAGAGGGAUGAUUCUUUUAAUCAACAACCUCAACAGGAUGAGGAACCACGUUAUAGACGUAGAAGACCACAGUUUUCUCCAGAUUCAGGUGCAAAGAAUCAGUAUGGAGAUGUUUGGGAUAAAGUUUAACAAUAUUAAUAUACUAUAUUAGAGAAGAAAUGUGUUUUACACUGAUUGAACCCUAUCUUAUAUGAUGCUUCUUGGUUGAUUUAUAUAAAAAUUUAAGAAUGUUUUAAA